UCCAGGCAGUUGUUUUUGCGUAGAAGAGACGAAGCGCUGUGUCGCAUUUAUGUCCGCAGAGGUGGUUUUGGCCUCGGAACUGGCCUGUGGAGUUCUCGUCAUCGACGAACACUUUGCAGCGCUCCGCUCGUCGCCGCCGCCCUCGGCCGCCGAGAUGAUGUGCGGAAAGACGGUGAUAGUGACGGGCGCCAACAGCGGCAUCGGUCGGGCCACGGCGGCCGAGCUGCUCAAGAUGCAGGCCCGCGUCAUCAUGGCCUGCAGGGACCCGCGGAGGGCCGAGGAAGCGGCCGAGCACGUUCGGCAGGAGGCCGGGCUCCAGCCUGGAGGACAGGUCGUGGUGAAAGUGCUCGACCUGGCCUCUCUGAAGUCCGUGCGCGGGUUCUGCGAGGAGAUCAUCAAGGAGGAGCCCAGGAUUGACGUGCUGAUCAACAACGCUGGUGUCUACCAGUGUCCGUACUCCAAAACGGAAGAUGGUUUCGAGAUGCAGUUUGGCGUCAACCACCUGGGACACUUCUUGCUCACCUGCCUGCUUCUUGACCUUCUGAAGAAGUCAGCACCCAGCCGCAUCAUCAUGGUCUCCUCCAAGCUCUACAAAUGCGGUGAGAUCAACUUCGAGGACCUGAAUAGUGAGCAGAGCUAUGACAAGGCCUUCGCCUACGGCCGGAGCAAGCUGGCCAACUUGCUGUUCACCUUGGAGUUGGCCAAGCGCCUGGAGGACAGUGGCGUCACCGUCAAUGCCCUCAUGCCGGGUAUCGUCCGCACAAACCUGGGCAGGCAUGUCCAUAUCCCACUGCUGGCCAAACCACUGUUCAGCCUUAUCUCCUGGGCCUUUUUCAAGACCCCCCUGGAAGGUGCGCAGACAUCGAUCUACUUGGCAUGCUCCUCUGAUGUGGAGGGGGUCCAGGGGAAGUGCUUCGCUGACUGCAAGGAGGAGGAGCUGCUGCCAAAGGCGACCGAUGAGGAGGUGGCCACCAAGCUUUGGGACAUCAGUGAAAUCAUGGUGGGAUUGACUACAUGAGACACUGUUUGGUUGGCUGUCCCCUGGGGGUGGAGCAAGGGGUGAUGAAUCCUGGGAGAUGGAGGGAAAUCUGUGAAAUGAAGGAAAAAAGUAAAUAUUCAAAGGAUGCAUGUAGUUGUCUGGAUAAAAUUGAUUUUAUUUUACUGGUGGAAAGUACAACUUGGUUUGAAGACGUGUUGCAAGUUGGCUGAUUAUCACUAUUAAUAAAAAGUUCAAAUUUAUUUUACAGUUUUCCUAAUAAUCAGCUUUAAGUAACAAUUUUUAAAUUAACCUGUACACUAUAUUGAAGCAUAACAGGUCAUAGAGUAACUUCAUUAAUCUGCAUGGAUUAUUUUUGUUCUGCGAUUUUUGAAUCUGUCGUACCCAUCAGUGGGAGGUCUGAUCAUUUGAUUGCAUCUGGAAAACUUGAAAAACUGGAUUUGAACACUGAAAAAGAGAAUGACUAUCUGAAGAAAAAUAAUUAAUUGUACACAUGAUCCUGUGAAUUUUUUGCAGUAAGUACUAUGUACUAAAACACUUCUCUUAAACAGUAUCUGAACACACAAGCAGUUCCCCAGAAGUUUUUUUUUUUAAUUUAAUAUUUUUGUUGGCGUACUGUGUAUUUAUGCAUACCUGCAGAAUUAAU